AUGAGGGAGUUGGGCCUCAAUGCCUGGAAGACUGUCGCUGUACACGGCCAGAUACAGGACGAAGAGGCACAAAAAAGUGAGGCGCAAAAAAAGAAAAAUUUUGGGAUCCCAGGAGCUCGCGACCGCAAGCUUUAUGGGAACUGCUGUAGAUUGCAAGAUGAGGAAUGUACAAGGUUCGGAUCUCGAACGAACUCCAAGUUCAAAGUUCGUGACAUAUUUCCUACAAACCUUAAACAGCACAUACUCCCAAUUCAGGACCAAUUGUACAAGAAGAGUAUUAAAUUUUGUGGUAUUGAGGUUAGGAACCAGCAAUAA